UCCAGACGAGAGUCGUGGCGGGUUUCGCUAGGUGGCGCCAGCGCGGAAACAGACACGUGUGUGCCAGUCUGAGGGCAUAAACAGCACGGCAGGAGCGAAAGAGAAGCGGAUUGCUCCCCCGUUUUGCGGUUGCUGUAGAAAAAUCUCGUUUAUGUGAUUAUUUUGUUUAACACGUUCGUUCUGUGACCCCCGAGGUCUGGUUUCAGCAUCUCCGCUGCCCCGAUUAUAUAAAAAAAAAAAUAAUAACUGAACAUUACAGGCAGUGCUGGAUAAAGAAAGAGGACCCGGGGGUUCCCAGUUAGACCAGAACAGAACAGCUUCCGUUCAUAACGCUGCGUUUCCAGAAGAAAAGGAGGAAUGAGACGCGCCUGUGAAACGAAAGAGAUGGACAUCUGCAGCUCCUCCGCGUCUCUCCUGCAAGAGGAGCUCGCCUCCGCUAUCGAGCCCGCGGUGAAAGCGGCUGUGCUGAGCGUCAUGUCUGCCUUAGCAAAGUUCGUGGACAGCAAGUGCGCGGUUUUCCACCUCAGACUGGACGAGAGAGACCAUGAAUUUGAAAGCGUGCGAUUGCGCUUGGAGAUAGCGGAGAGCGAGUUGAAAGCAAUACGGGAAGGAGAAUGCAUGAACGCCGCCGAUCAGAUCUUUGCACACCCUCUCACGAAGUCCGAUGAAGGAUACCGCGGGAGCGACGUUGAUUUGCUUCAUCUACCCGAGCUGGAGCAGGGAAAGGACAGUCCGGUCCACUCGAGGACAGCGGAGUGGAGACGCACCGGGGAAGGUCCUGCAGAGAGAGAUGCUCUUCUUCACGCUGAGGAAGGGUCGAAGGCAGAAUCAGCUCCCUUUCAAGAGGAGCUCUUUGACCAGGAAUGGUGCAGGAGUCCAAAUCAGGCUACAGAGCUGACAUCUACUGAAGGGAAGGAGGAGAAACCUGGACUAGAUCCUGUCCAUAUUAAAAAGGAGAACCCUGAACUGAAUCCUGUCUGCAUUAAUGAAGAGAUCCCUGGAAUCGAGUCGGUCAUCAUUAAACAGGAGGUUCUUGAACUUGAAUCUGACCCCGUUGAAGAGGGGGGUUCUGACCACUUUGAAAGACAGCAGCAGAUUUAUGCUGGACAGAAACUGCAUUGUUGCGUGGAAUGUGGGAGGAGCUUCACACAGCUACAGCACCUGAAAACACACCAGCGCAUUCACACAGGAGAGAAACCGUAUCGCUGCGCAGAAUGUGGGAAGCGAUUCACUCAGUUACAGCAUCUUAAAACACACCUGCGGGUGCACACAGGAGAGAAACCCUAUUUCUGUACUCAGUGUGGCAAGAGAUUCACACAACGGAAAACCCUUAAGACACACCUUCGUAUUCACACAGGAGAGAAACCCUAUUCCUGUACUCAGUGUGGUAAGUGUUUCAUACAACAGCAUUCCCUGAAAACACACCUUCGUAUUCACACAGGAGAGAAACCCUACUGCUGUGGUCAAUGCGGCAAGAGUUUCACACAGUUACACCAUCUUAAAACACACCAGCGAACUCACGCAGGAGAGAAAUAGGAUAUGUAAAACAAAAUACAGCCUGCCACCAGACCUAUAGCACCAGAGGACAACACAGAUCUGGAAGCUCCACUGCAGAAGCACAGAUGCCCUGUCGGCCACAGGGGUCACUGCUGCACGGUGAGCUGUGGAUUCCCCUGCCGACCUAAGCCCUCCCUGCCCGGGCAGCGCUCGGCCAAUUCUGCUGGUCACGGUCUGCUGUGACAGAGCCUGGACUCGAACCUGCGAUCCCACAAAUGGAGUCCUUUUAAGAUAUAGAACAAUGUAUAUAUUUGUAUAUAUUUGUAUGUAUAUAUUUUUACCUUUUAUUCUUAAAGCAACAACAAAAAGACCUGGCCAAAUGACAUGACAUUGCAAAUCUCAGGGUACAUUUCCACUCCAGGACCUGGAACUGCGUGUUUCAAGGUGACCGCUUCAAAAACGCACCAGGAGAUGGAAGGAAUACAUGAUUAAUGGACUUCAAGUGGAGCAGCAGAGAAAGAGCUCAGUAGAAGACGAUGAGCGCGUCAGGGGGAAGCUAUUUAACCUGUCCGAUUUCCCCCGCUUAAACUAGCGCUGGUGCCUCGUUCGUGCGUAAGCUGGUGCUGAGUGCGUACAGACAAAGACCAAGGCGAUCAUGUAAAAUCGCUUUCAGUUUUCUUUCUGGCUGUAUCCAAGAAAGUUGGGUAGCUGCUAAUCAUCACUGCCCAGAAUUCUGGCUCAUGAAAAUGACAACUCCAGUGCAGUACGGCAUGAAUAGAAAAGCAAAUGCAAAUCCCUUUCAAACACAUUUCAAGUCGCACACGGAGAACACAUACUAGAGUAACUCCACUAACAUCAAUUCAUAAGCGCAUCGCGUAAAACCAAAUGCAUUUUUCAUGAACGUAAACCUUUACAGUUUUUAAUUUUUACAAAUGGUUGAAAUGCAUUUCUGCAGCUCCCUGGCCAUGCGAGUGGCAGAUAGGCAUUUCUAGUAUGCCCAAUGCCUAGUGAAAAAUGAAGCACCUUCGCAGAUUCGAAUGUGUGUAUUUAACUGCCAUUAGGUGCAGCUGAGGGAACACAAAGGCUUGGUUUCAGGCUCCUGCACUGCACACCAGGGGAGACUUGGGGUUUGACACAGCACGGUUGCCUCGAAUUUCACAUGGAAAACGCAUCUUUCUACUCCUCAAAGCCAAGGAAAGAGUAUUCUGUUAUUGCAAUACACGUGAUUGUGCUGUAUAUAACCGACAUGCCACAUCUCCUUUCUCUGGUCUGCUUUCUCUGUGUCUGUGUCAGACUCCUUUAGCACACAUAGACUGUUAGUGUUCAUAUUGCUGCCCUGAGCAAAAUCAAUAAAUCGAAACA